AUGUGCUGCCGAAGACGCCGCGCAGCCCGCCAAGCCUGGCUCGAACAACGCGCCCUCGGCGGUCCUCGCGGCUGCCAUGGCGCCCGCCACUUCGGCCCCGGCCCCGGAGGCCCACCAUUCCGUCCGCCCUGGGCAUCAGGAGGCGGCGGCGGCGGUGGUCCCCCCUUUGGCCGCUGGCGCGACAUCCCACGCGAUAACGUCCCUGAAGAUCCCUUCCGCGAUCCUCCCGCUGCCCCUCGCAACGACCCGGCGACUAGGGAUCCGGAAAAGGGCGCCGUCGAGAUGAAUGUUAAGGAUGUGGAGAAGAGCACGCCUGCCCCGACUCCGGUUCCGGCCCCGGCUGCGGCUCCAACCCCGGAGGGUGAUUCGAAGAGGGUGUCAUUCAUGUCUGGCCCCUUUUCACGCUGGAGAGAGUCCGUUAGGAGCGGUGGGGGCGAUGUGAGGAGGUCGUCUUCGAAUGCGACGUUGCCUCCUAGGUAUAACUCUGGCGUCACCGAGGCGCCGUAUUGGAGUGGUGAGCAGGCUGGGAAUAGGGGGUUUAUGCCGCCGAAUUACGAUGUGGCGAUUAAGAACUGA